AUGUCUGGUAACAUUAACCACAAUUUUGACCCCGCGUCAUUCUCGUCGGCUCAUCAGAACGAUAUAAGUCCUGACUUCGACUUGGGCAUUGCCCCUGAGGAUCAUGCGACAGGUGCUGGUGGACCGUCAGACGAGGAGCUUUUCCAGCUCAUAUUAAAUUCUGAAGAUCAUCCAGGAGACCCCUGUGAUUCAUCAAACAUGGAGCAUUUCCAGUUCAUAUUAGAUCCCGAGGAUCAUGCAGCUGGCGGCGGUGGGUCGUUAGACCACUAUCAUUUCCAGCUCACAUCAAGUCCAAAGAAUCCCUCACCUGCAUAUGAGGACGACGUUCCCAUGGCGUCGAUUGAACGUCCAUCGGAAGGUGACUUCCUGCAGGUCAGUGGCUAUGUCGGGGCGCCCAGUAGAGAGUAUCCAGACGACGUGAGUACGACCAAGCCCGAGCCGGCACCAAUAGCCACAUUGCGCAACACGAAUUCCUUCCUUAGCGAGGCAGAGCUAGCUGCUCAGAAGGCGUAUAUUAAUAGCUAUGGCCUUUCGCAGACUGCUGACAUGGCCAACCUGGCUGCGCAGAUCACUAAGGAUCUGGACCAGAGACAGUUGGAUCGGCUCACGACGUUCGAUUCGGCCGAGCAAGUUCAGUCAGCACAGAAAAGCGCACCAGGGUAUGAGAAUGAUACUAUUAGCCACGAUUUGCCUUCGCCGGCGGAGCAAACAAACACUGCCGACCAAUAUCAGUGCCCUCCAAACUUUCCUCUCAGUCAGUACCCAAGCCCUAGUGGUCAGAGUGCUGGAGCUUGGUAUGCGAAUAGUGCAUACCGUGCUGUAGAACAGGCUCUUGGCAACAACGCAAGCCCUGCUCCCGAGCGAAACCCAGCGCUGUCGGCGGAUAGCCUAGACAGGCUAAUAGCCCGGGCUCAACGGGCUGCAACUAUACAAGCGACUACACCUGCUCCGAGCCGCGAGACUCGUCGCACGGCAAAGCGAAAGGCACAAACCAAGCCGAAGGGUAAAAAGAGCCACCCGACGCCGAUGCAGUGCGCCCCGCUAUCUGUCAGUGCCGAGCCGGAUGUGAAGCGGGUAAAGAUCGACGUGGAAGAGGACGGAACACCUCACGUCAUACUUCGAGAGGGCGAGGAUCUAUCGCAGCCCGUCAUGCUGGCAGAAUGCGUAGCUCGUCCCCGCGACGAGCAGCUGACUCGGCCACGCGAUGGUGAGGCGCCCGUCGAGCGGGUGCGCAUAAACAGUCGCCGCAGCCGGCCGCCGUACCUCCCUCUCGAGGACAACAUGACUCAGGAAGAACGGUUACGUCGCGCGAUGCGAAAUCAGGAAAUAUCGGAGCUAGAUCGACAGGAUCGUCGGUCCCGCAACAAUGAGUCAGCGCGUCGGACGAGGGAACGUACGAGGAAGACUAUUGCCGACCAGGCUGCCACGAUCGAGGCGCAGAAUUCGCGGAUACAGGAAUUACAGGAUCAAGUUGCCGCACAACAAAUGGAGAUGCAGUUUCUGCGGGCCAGUGAGUCGAGGAGGACAGCAUGCUGA